UCAUGAAACAUGGAAGUUAACUCGUAUAAUUAUUUCCUUCUCUCUGCAAACGUCUAAAAUAGAGGGGGGAGACUGGGUAGGGGCAAGUAUUACAAAAUAAAAGGAUUCCCUAAUGCGUUUAUACAACCAUAUUAAUUUGCCCUGCUUUCUGUUAUAAAUACCCAGGAUACGUGUCAAUUGUAACAGAUUCGUUUUGAAGAUCACGUAGGAAACGACGUUUAAAAUAUUCUGUGUUCGAAAUAUAUUUUAGAACAGUUCAAUCAUGAAUAUGUUGGUGGCCGCUGCAGUGCUGAUGGCGCUGAAUGGCGUCGCAUUGACUGCACCACAGGUCCCCCUUCCAGGAAGAAACUAUUCUCCGAGGUUCCUGCCCCUUACGCCUCAGGGUUACAUUCCCAUUAUCAGCGAAAACUUCGACCUGAACCCUGUUGACAACUCGUACAAUUUCAAUUAUGUGACAGGAGACGGCAGUGAGCGUCACGAGGUAGGCGCCAUCGAGAACACUGGUACUCCGGUGGAAGGAACUGCUGUCCAGGGAUCCUACCUCUACACAGCGCCCGACGGAACCCCAGUCAGUGUCAACUACGUGGCCGACAGUUUCGGCUACCAGCCCGUCGGCCCGAAUAUACACCCGGCCAUAAUCAAGGCUGUCCAACGACAGGUCGAGGAGGCCAGAUUCGGCUCUCCCCCACCUUUCUUCGCCAACAAAUUCUAGGGUCGGCGACCUGCUAUGUCAUACGAAACACUGGAAGGGAUCUCGUUUAUUUUGAAAACUCUAGAUAUAAGUCGAUGUCUGAAGUUCUGGAACGUGUUUUGCGUUGUAAUCCGGUUUCAUAUACUUCGGACCUGCUACAUUAAGACUUGUACUUUGUUCUACAAACCAUUAUGUCUCAAACAAAUCAGUUACCGAUAAAUUAAAACUUUUUUCUCGUAAACAGAGUGAUAUAAAUUAUUCAAGAACAAAUAUGAUUUCAACACAGACUUUCAGAAAGUUUUAAAAUAUAAAAUGCGAGACUGGUUUUAUUACAGAGCCAGCGUAACAGCCUUAGUGUGCUCGCACGUCGGAACCGCACGCGUAUCACAGUUUGAGAAACACUAAUUAAUAUUCGAAAGACGAGAUCUUUUAGAGGCAGAGAAAACUAACAUGCUUCAAUGUUCAUUAACGUCCACGAAGAAUCUGCAAGUUAACGGCAAACACGUGUCGUACAAUGCACUGAAAUCCGCUGCUAAAUAUUAAAUUAUUUUCUGUUCUCAGUUUUGAAAAUAAUGCCCUUACCUAUCGAUGCGCUGCAAAACAUUGAUCAAUUGCGUUUCUUGUUGGCAUUCGGCCUGCGGAGAACUUGAUUUCAAAAAGUUAAAUUUUUAUUUUGAAGAAAUUAGACCUCCACGGUCUGUAAAUCGAUACUUCUUUCGAUACUAUGUAGACAGGAGACAACGUACAUAAGAAUAACAAUGUACAGGAACAUGUUCUGUUCACGUGAUUGUCUAAAUUGUUACCAUUUUCUGAUUAUCAUUGCAAUUCGAAGGAACAAAUUGAAUUGUUUCAUGCAGAGUUAUAAUAGACUCUUACUGUUUCCCAUAUUAAGGAGCCCAAGUUAAUUAGAAUACUGAAUAUAUAUGAAUUAUAAGAAACAAAUACUCAGGUCGUAAUAUUUAAAAGAGUCAAUUUACGACAUGAAUCAUUUUAGAACCCAGAUAAUUUCUAUUAAUUAACAACUGAUGGAGUUCCUUAACAUUUUAUGGUGUGGAAUUUCGUUAAAUAAUAAACAACGAAACUUCUUUCUUUUCAGGAAAAAUGGACAUUAAAAUAUUUAUAUUUUAUAACUUUUUGUAACAUAUUACUGUACGAACAAUACUCAAUUAUGUACAUAAGAUUCUACUAACUUGUCUUUGUAACUUACACUUUGUAAUCGUGUUUUUAUAACUGUUUUAUAUUAUUUAAUGCUGUAAUAUUUAAUACAAGUGCAUAUACUAAUAAAGAUCGCAUACAAAUCAUAUACCAUCAGCGGACUGGAAUACCA